AUGAAGCGUUGCCCCUGUGCUAGCAUUCCAGACCCCAAGACCCCCGUGCGCCAGCCACCCUGGAUCUUUGACGUAUUCCUCAGCACGGGAAACCGGCCGGCUGACGCGCCCGCGGCGGGCGCGUCGGCGGCCAUGCACCGCCAGCAGCGCGCCGCCGUCUUCAGCACCACCCACCUGGUUGCCGGCCCGGAUGACGUGAAGUUCAACUUUGUCGGCCGCCAAGGCCCCAAGAACGCCAGUGCCGCGGCGCCGCUGAGGGUGGCGCCGCCCGACGCGCUGUUCCUCAACAACCAGUUCUGCUGGCCCCUUGGUGCCACGGGCAGCGGCGAUGCGGGCCGGCAGCAGCAGGCGCCCGCGCAGAUGGCUGUCCCGGCCCGUGCAGACUACCCGCACCAACUCAAGGUGGAAUUCUUGCCGAUUGAGCUGGAGGCACGUGCGGAGGACCAGGGUGCGGCCCUCUUCGCAGCCAACUACAACCAGUUCUACUUCAAGGUGACGCUGAAUGACACGUCCAAGGGUGCUGUACCCUUGGACCAGAUCGUCAUAUCGUACUGGUUCAACGGGCCUGAGGACAUGCAGGACCAGGACGCCUCGGGGAACGUGUCGGCAGAGCUGGCGGCGGCGCAGUUCCGCCUGGCCUGCAGCGACGCGUCGCCGGCCGUGGGCUGUGACAGCCUCAUGUGGAACGUCACCCCCGGCCUGCCCGGCGUCUUCGGCGCCCGCUUCCGCCUUAACGUCUGGGCCGCCCCCGCCGCUGGCACCCUCGUCGCGCCCGGCGGCGGCAACGCCAGCGCGGCGCGGCUGACGGAGUUUGAGGCGAUCGUGAGCCUGGAGCCGCGGCGCUUCUUCGCCAACAUGAACUCGUCUAAUGACUACAGCUGGCUCGAGACGCCGCGCCUGCCCGGAGCGCCGCCCGCGGGCAACGCCAGCGCCGCAGGCGGCGCCGCGGGGCGUGGCGCCAACGGGACGGACGCCGCCAUCGUGCGCCGCGCGCUGCAGGCAAAUCCCCGCAUGCCGGCGUUCCUUUCAGGCGUGCCAGCUUGGGGGAGCCCCCCCAAGGCCGCCCCCGCGCCGCCCGGCGCGGCCGCGGCCGCAGCCGCGCAGCAGCAGCAGCACGGCGGGGGCGGCGGCGGCGGCGCGGGGGACGGGCAGCUGCCGCCGGGGUCGUACUGCCGACCGACGCCGGCUGGCGCGGGGCGGGUGUGCGGCGUAUCGAUGACAUACUGCUGCUUUGGUACCGCGCGGUUGGCGGCGGCGGUCCCGCAGGACUGGCCUGAGCGGCUCUUUGUCGACGAUGCCGCGGCGCUAAACUCCAGCGACCUGGAUGCGAUAAGCGUCCUGCUGCCCGCCGACCCAAACGCCGGCGCGGCCAGUGGCGGCGGCGGCGGCGCGGCGGCGCCGACGCCACCGGCGCCGCAGCAGGGCUCUGCGGCGGAGACCCCGGCGCCCGGCCCGAGCGCCGGCAUCGCGGGGCUUGGGAACGGCGGCGGCAACAGCGGCGGCGGCAGCGGGGGCGGCUCAAUGCCGACGUCCGCGGCAGUGGCCGUGGCGGUGGCGCUGCCUGUUGUGCUGCUGGCCGCCGCCUCUGGCGCGCUGUUCGCCCUCCGCCGGCGGCGGCGGCGGCGCGAGGGCCAGUAUGAGAAGCAGCUGCUGCAGAAGGAGCCCAGCCGCCCUCAGAGCCACGGAGACGUAGAAUGGGGCCCCCCCGGCGGCGUCGGCGGCGGCGGCAGCCACCAUCCCUCCAACGGCGAAUCCGACGUGCUCUCCCCGCUGCCGCCGCAACAUCGCGCGCCGCCCGAUUACGGGCCGCAGAUCGCCCGCACCCUCAGCAACGGCGCCAGCUGGCUGGCAAACCUGCUCGGCGUCUCCCCGGCUGCCAUAGCCGCCUCGCCGCCCGCACACCUUCCUCUGCUCCCGAUCACGCACGCCGGCCCCCAGGCUGGUGCCGCGGCCGCGGCCGCGGGCGCCGGCGGCGCGGCGCAGGCGGGGGCUUCUUUGGCGACUGAGGGGGCUCUCAGCCGCAGCAGCACCAGCAGCGACGGCGGCUGCGACUCGCCAGGCUCGCCGGCUGCGCCCGAGGCAGGCGGCGCCGCACGGCAGCACCCGCGCACCGUGAUUCAGCCCCACGCCAGCGGCCCGCCGCUGCUGCCGCUCUCCACGCCGCCGCCGGCCGCCGCCGCGCUCGCGGCCGCGCUCGCCGCCGACCCCCACACGCUGUCCGUCUGCCUGCUCGGCGCUUGCAAGGCGAGGGCGGCCGGCUUGGCUGGCACCAGCGGCGGCGGCAGCGGCAGUUUUGAGGGCAGCGGGCUGCUGCGUGAUGGCCACCUGUGUAUCCCAGGGCAGGCACCUGUGCCCCUGAAUGUCGACUUUCAGGCGGAGAUUGAGCCGCGGCUGGGGAGGGUGAUGGGGAGGGGCGGCUACGGCGUUGUCUACGAGGCGAUGUGGCGCGGGCAGAAGGUGGCCGUCAAGCUGCUGUCUGUCGACAGUGACCAGCUGUACGAGGCCUUCAUGAAGGAGGUCGCCCUCUGCGCCUGCUUCAGGCAAGAGCCUUGCACGAACUCCCCACACGUGGUGAAGCUGCUGGGCGCCUGCCUGGAGGACAAGGCGCGCCUGGCCCUCAUCAUGGAGCUUUGUGAGGGGGGCAACCUGGCGCAGCGCAUCUACUCCCCCUCAAAGCGCCGCCUGGACCACCUGGAGAUCCUGAAGAUCGCGGCCGACAUCACCACCGGCCUGGCCUACCUGCACCCCUCAGUGGUGCACCGCGACCUCAAGCCCCAGAACGUUCUGCUGGACCGCCAGGGCUGCGCCAAGAUUGCAGACUUCGGUAUCAGCAGGCACGCGGGCGGCGCGCCCCCCGCCCUCCUUGCACCGCUGUUCAAGGACCCGCACCGCUCCUACCUUUCGGUGACUCACGCCGGCGGCACCCCAAACUACAUGGCGCCGGAGCUCUUCAACGGCAGCAGGGUGGACGAGGCCGCUGACGUGUACAGCCUGGGCUGCAUCCUGUACGAGUGCCUGGCCCGCCGCCAGCCCUUUGCGCACCUGGCGGGCGGCCCCGAGGGCAACAAGUCCUACAACGUGCUCUUUAAGAUCAUCGUGGCAGUGGCCAUCGCGGGAGAGCGCCCCGCCCUGCCCGACGACGCACCGCCCCGCAUGGCCGACCUCAUCCGCCGCUGCUGGCGCGAGGACCCCCGGCAGCGACCGACUGUGAUGGAGGUGCUGGAAAACCUGGAGUCGCAGAUGCAGGAUCUUCCAUCCAGCGGUGCCGGCGGGGUCCCACUGGCGGCGGCUGCGGCCGGCCACGAGCUCCAGUGGCUAGAAGCUCGGGACGCAGAAGAGCACGGGGCCAGCAGCAGCACCGGCAGCAGCGGCGCGCACCCCGCCUCGCUGGUGGGGACGGGGCGCGCUGACGCCGGGCUGCCUGCCGGGGCGCUGGUCGGCGGCGGCAGCACGAAAAGCGGCGCCGAGCGCGGGUUGGGAGUGGUGGCGGCAGGCGUCGAGUCGCCCGUGGUGCACCCCUCGGCGGCGAGGAGGGUCCAUUUCGCGCACCCGUGA